AUGCAAGACGGUCACAAACCUAGCGGGAACGAUGGUAGCGGCGACAUUACUAAACCAGAAAAAAUGCCAAUCUCAUUUUCUAUUAGGGAACACACAUUCACAGGAACCGAUGCUGCUCUUCCCAUGGUAAUCAAACUCCAAAUCACCAACAACAUCGUUUCAAGAGUCUCCGUCAAUGAAAGUAGUCUAGCCAACAUUCUCUACAUGUCCGCAUUCUUGAAGAUGGGAUUAUCGGAGUCAAUGCUGAAACCAUUGGAAGCAUAUCUCAACGGUACUAUAGGAGGUGGUGUACCAAUCAAAGGAUACAUCGAUUUGGACACGACAAUUGGUAAAGGUGAAAAUGCAAAGAUGAUGAAGGUGAGGUAUCUGGUUAUUGAUUCGUGGUCUGUUUAUAAUGUUGUUAUUGGCAUGCCUGUUGUUGCUGAGUUGGGAGCCGUGAUCUCAACCGUACACCUCAAAAUGAAAUAUCCUAUAGGAGAUGGAAUGGUUGGAGUUGUCAUGGCGGAUCUUGACAUGGCCAAAAAGUGUCACCAAAUGUGUCCUCAUUAUCUAAGUUAG